AUGACCUCCCCAGAAGCAGCGCCGUCCUUCCGCGCCUGGACCCACUCGACUCCGCCGUUCCCCUCGACCCUCUCGCUCAUCCAGCAAAGUCCGCCAAAACCAGCCGACCUGAAGCCGCACGAGAUCCUCGUCGAGGUCGUCACGGCUGCGCUCAACCCGGUGGAUGUACAAGUCAAGAACCUUCCCAUCUUUCGUCUUGCGGCUCUCAAGUACCCGAAAGGCAUCGGAUGCGACUUUGCGGGGCGGAUACUGGGCAAGGGAACGGAGGUGAAGGAUCUACAGAUCGGAGCGGAAGUGAUGGGUAUGACCUUUAACCCUCUCGGCGGCGUCAACUACGGCACGUUGAGCGAGAUCGCCGUCAUCGACAUGAGCCGAUCCUGCGUCGUCGCGAAACCUCCGGCACUCCCCUGGGUCCAAGCCGCAGCCAUCCCCCUCGUCUACCUCACCGCCAAGACUCUCCUCUCACCGCCAUACCUCAUCCUCCCUCCCUCCGCCAAUCCUGAUCCGACAGACGCCUCGUCGCAUCGCAUCCAGCCUACGAUUGUCGUCCUUGGCGGCUCGUCCAGUGUCGGUCAAUACGUCGUCCAGCUCGCCAAGAAGCAACUGCACUUCAAGGUCAUCGCGACUUGCUCGAAGCGCAACGUCGACUUUGUUCAGGAGCUCGGAGCGGACGAGGUCAUCGACUACACGGUGGAGGACGUCGUCCAGCGGGUCAAGGAACUUCGACCAGCCGAGGGAUACGUCCAGAUCGUCGACUGCGUCGGAGGCACCGACUUCCUCCCUCACAUCCCGUCGCUUGUCUCACCGCGCACGAAGGCGUAUCCAGCAGGAGGCUCGUAUCAGACAAUCGUUGGCGACAAGACUUCCCGCCUGGCCAUGGGCGGCUCGAUUCUCUACCUCACGCACCCGACCAUGCUCGUACGCAUGCUCAAGGGCUGGGCAGGCAUCGGGUACCGCUACUCGUGCAUCAUGCUCAAUGCGACGCGGAGAGACUGGCUCGCCCAGGUUGGGCGACUGGUGCACGAUGAGGGGUUGCGCGUCGAGAUCGACUCGGAGUGGGAGUUCGAGGAGGUGGAGAAGGCGUAUGAGAAGCUGAAUACGGGCAAGGUGAGGGGCAAAGUGGUUGUUCACGUCAAGCACGAGUAG